AUGAAGUAUUCUCUUGUUUCUCUGGCAUCCCUCGUCACCAUUGGAGAAUGUCUCUCCCUUCCUCCUCUCAUCCCCAGUAUUCCUGGUGUAACUGAGCCUCUGACCGAGAAUGCCCCUCCUCUGCCUAUUCUCCAAGUCCCCACCCCUCCUCUUGAGAGUCCUCCGUUCACUGCGAGUGACAUCAAGCCUAAGAAGAUCGGGUACUUUUGGACUGGUGCUGCUGAUAAGCAGCACAAGGUGAUAGACUUUCUGGCGACCUACAGUCUGGACGAUGAAACAUUUGGAACUCUACUCUGGAUUACCGAUGUCCCAUCCAGCGGCAACGAUCCCCACCAUCUUGGACCAUCUCUCGAUGGCAAGACCUUGUUCGGGGGUGGUCUGCUCUCCUUGUUGAAGACACAGGACACCGGUUUCUACUUCGACACCUCCAACCCCUACCGUCCCACCUUCAAGGAGAGCAACCGAGCUCUUCUCUCCUCCAUCGCCGAUGAAGUCCGUGCAAAGCCCGACGGUGGAUUCUACAUCACCUACAUGGGUUCUGCCGUGGGAACAUCUCCCGGUCGUCUGGUCGAGACAGAUGCCAACUUUGACAUUAUCCACGAGUGGCCGGAGGAUGUGGAGAGUACUCUCAACAUUCUUGGGGAGCAGUUCUCGCCUCACGGUCUCAGCAUUGACUGGGAGAGGAAGUUCAUCCUUACUUCCGACUUUGUGGAGCCGGUUACUAUCUUGAAGCCGAGUCUGGGUAUCCACCGUGCCAAUACUCUCCGGUUGUGGGAUUUGGAUUCGAAGAAGAUUCUUAACACGAUUACUAUUCCUGAUGGCGGUGGUAUCCAAGACGUCAAGUUCAUUCCUGGCAACCCCGAAGGCGCUGCUCUUGCAACUGCAGUCCAUCUCGGCCAAGUCUGGAUCAUCUAUCCCCAGCGAAAAGACGCCAACGGCAAACCCGGUGUUGCAGAGCUUCUUUAUGACCUCGGACCCAAGGCCCGCGACACUGUCGCCAUCUACACCGACAUUUCCCAAGACGGCCGUUUCAUCUACCUCACCCUCACCACAGCCAACCACAUCGCCGCACUGGACAUCAGCGACCUCAACAAUGUCAAGCGCCUCGAUGACCCCAACGAAGACCAACCGACUGUCGGACCCCAUUAUAUCAAGGUCACCCCUGAUCAGAAGCAUGUCGUGGUCACCGAUUACUUCGUGCAGACCGGCGAGAUUGGUCUGAUCAACACCCCCGCUGAUUUCAAGGCGCUGUACAUUGACCUCAAUGAGGAUGGAAGUCUCAGUUUCAACCGCACUAUCGACUUUAGCAAGGAGUUUGCGAACCGUGGUGGAGCGAAGCCUCAUUCGAGUGUUGUUUUUGAUUUCACGGAUCCUGAGAAGCCGCUUUACUACUAA